AUGGGUUCCCUAUCCAGUGACAGCAAAGUUGAGAGCGGGCCGGACCUCGGUAACAUUAAGGAUGUGGCUGUGAUCGGCGCGGGUAUCAGUGGUGUUGUUUCGGCAGCUCACCUCCUCCGGGCCGGCUUUAACGUCACCGUAUUUGAACGAACCGGAGUAGUCGGCGGUGUUUGGGAUUAUGAACCCCAACCCGACAGGGACCCACCGUUUCCUAAUGUCAGACCUCCAUCUCCGAAUUGGGCAGAGGUUGAAAAAGAAGGAUUAAGCUCAAACGAAGUUGCGUUGAUACAUGGUCCACCUAAUCCAUGCUAUGCCGGGUUGAAGAAUAAUAUUCCAACUCCUAUUAUGCGAAGUAGCCUGUUACAAUGGCCAGAAGGUAGUGAGGAUCUCGUGGAUCAAAAAGUGGUCCACCAAUACAUCAAAGACAUCGCUCAUAUUCACAAUGUUUACGAGAAGAUAAGUUUUCACACGCGAGUGGAAAGCGUAUCAAAACCAGAUGGAGAUGACAAAUGGACGAUCGUGACUAGCACACUCACAAGGACCAAAUCCGGCCACACGCUGACGAAAAGAACAUGGAAGUUUGACGCUGUUGUAGUAGCGAGCGGGCACUAUCAUAUCCCAUUUGUGCCAGAUGUUCCAGGACUCCCCACGUGGAAACGACUCUUCUCGGAUCGUGUCACGCAUUCAAAGCAAUAUCGAACCCCUGUUCCUUUCAGUAAUAAGACUAUUCUCAUAAUUGGCGCCGGUGUCUCGGCCUUAGACAUUGCCAAGGAGACCUCACAUUUGGGAGCCAAGAUAAUUCAGAGCAGACGGGAAAGCAAGUAUGAUGUACUUGUAUCACGUUUACCUGAGGGUGUUGAGAGGGUUGCGAUGGUUGCCGAGUUUAUUCCUGACACAGUCGAUGGAGAGUCUAAAUCUCAGCCCCUGGAGCCUGGUCAGGCGAUACCGGGCAAAGUCGUCCUUGAAGAUGGGAAGGUUCUCGAAGGCAUCGAUCACGUUAUUAUUGCAACGGGUUACAUCACGUCUUACCCCUUUCUUGGCGAUUUGGAACAACCAUUAACUCCCUGGGAGGACGCCGACGAGAAGGUCCUCAUUACGUCUGACGGGUACAUCACACACAACUUACACAAGGACAUCUUCUACAUCCCGGACCCUACGCUAGCAUUUAUCGGAGUUUCUCACUUGGUGUCGACAUUUUCUCUGUUUGACUUCCAGGCUCAGGUGGCAGCCAAAGUAUUCGCAGGACAAGCUCAACUGCCCCCUAAAUCGAUUAUGCAGGAGGAACAUAGAGAACGUAAAGCUCGGUUCCGGCCUGGAGAUAGGUUCCACAGCAUGUUCGCAGCGGAGGAUGCGUACAUAGACAAAAUUUUGAACUGGGUCAAUAGAGAUCUAACGAAGGCCGGGGUAGAUCCAUUACCAGGAAUGGAUGAAGUUUGGAAAAGAAACUACAAAGUAUUCCAGCAAAGACUCAAGGGCACCUCAGAUAGUUGA